AUGACUGAGAACCGGAGCCUAACCAUCAAACUUCGGAAACGGAAGCCAGAGAAAAAGGUGGAAUGGACGAGUGACACUGUGGACAACGAACACAUGGGGCGCCGCUCAUCAAAAUGCUGCUGUAUUUAUGAGAAACCUCGGGCCUUUGGUGAGAGCUCUACGGAGAGUGAGGAGGAGGAAGAGGAAGGCUGUGGUCACACACACUGUGUACGAGGCCACCGCAGAGGACGGAGCCGCGCAACCCCAGGACCGAGCCCCACCACCCCUUCCCAGCCCCCUGACCCAUCUCAGCCUCCCCCAGGGCCAAUGCAGCACUAAAUUCCUCUCUCCCCCACCGUUCCUGUGUCUGUCUGGCCCUGACUGUGUUCAUGUGGCUACUUGGGGACUAAGCCCGUGGUUUGAUCACUCUCAACACCCCCUCCCCCUCCGCCUGAGAGGGACGCAGAGGAGGGUGGACAGAGAUCCUGGAAUUCUGAUUUGCUGCUAUUCUAUUCUGGGUUGCCCCAGCCCUUGUGGUUUUUCCCCCCCAACACCCAUCCUCCUCUUGCCCACAGGUCCAGGCAUCUUGGUCCCUCUCUUCCCUUUGUUCCCACUGCCAAACUGCCUGUCCUGGAUCCAGUUGUCUUCGCCCCUAUACUCUGUACUUGAGUCCCAAACACUUAGAUUGGGUUUCCAGCAGCCCAGCUUUCACUGCCAGGGUCCCAGUCAGAUGCCAGCUGAUCUUGCCCAGCUCUGCCUGCUAACCCUGGCUUAGAGCUCAUCCGCUGAUGUGCUUAUAGGGUCCGAGCUCUUGGUGUGGCUGGGAGCUCUCCCACUGCACUCCUGCCCCCGUCUCUCAUGCCCACAAGAGGAGCUGGGGGGGGAGAGAGGUCUUUGUCUUUCUCACCUUCAAUGGAAAAUGAAAAAAGAAAUAGUCAUGUCCUCUCUCCUCAACCUCAUGAGAUCUAGGAUUUCUGACACAGCUGGUUUCAAGAGUGGUGGCUUAGAGCCAACUCUCUCCUCAGCCUUCGGUCUCCUAGCUUCAAGACUGAUCCAUUGUAGUCCCAGGAAGAGGAAGGAAAAGAGAGCAAAGAGAUGGGGGAAGGCCCCGACACUCUGCUCUCACCCCUUCCUUCUUAGGCUUUGCUGUCCGCCGGUCCAGAUGUCCAGCUCCCUUGGCCCUCCCCAUACCUCAUGGGGAUCUGAAUGUCAUUUUCCAGGCCUCUUGCCAUGCACACUUGCAGACAUCAGUCAAAUCCAUACCACCAUGGAGAGCUCAUUUAUUGCCACAGAUGCACAAAAUAAAUAACACAACGUCACAAAACGUGUUAAA